GCCUGCCUCCCUCCUUCCUCCCUUCCUCCGCCCUCCUCCCCAAGGCAGCCCAUGGCUGCUCCCUGCUCCGCGCGGUCGCUGCAGGGCGAAGCGGCCGCCUUCACCGCUGCCCUCCGCACCCUGGUCAACAACCCCCAGUUCAGUGAUGUGACAUUCGUGGUGGGCCGGGAGCAGCAGAAGGUGUUUGCACACCGCUGUGUGCUGGCAUGCCGCUGCCAGGCUUUCCGGGGGAUGCUCAGCCAGGGGCCGGCAGGCAGCGAGGACUCCCCCAGCAGCAUCUCACCCCAGGGACCCUUCAUCCUGGGCAACGUGCAGCCCGAGGUCUUCCUGGCCGUCAUUGAGUUCCUCUACACCAACAGCGUCACCCUCAACAGCCACAUUGCACUGGAGGUACUGACUUCAUCAGUGGAAUAUGGUCUGCAGGACCUAUGCAAGGAAAGCCCCGAUGCUAUCACCCACGGGUGUCCCGUGGUCAGCUGGCUGGAUGAUGCUCUCUGCAUCAAAUUCAUCAAGGACACUCUGAGUGUGGAGCAGGUCUGCGAGGCUCUGCAGGCUGCAGUGACCUAUGGGCAGACAGACCUCCAGCAGCACUGCCUGGCCUUCAUCGAGGGCUGCACUGCGGCAGUGGUGCGGACACAGGGCUUCCACGAGCUCUCUGAUGUGGUGCUGGCGCGGGUGCUGCGCAGUGACCGCCUGGCCGUGGACGAGCUGGACCUGGUGCAGGCUGUGCGGGAGUGGGCGCACGUCAGCUCGGCUGUCCUGGAGCGCCCCGUGCCUGAGGUGGCUGCCCUGCCUGUGCAGGAGCUGCGCCUGCCCCUGCUGGCACCCAGUGAGCUGGCAACGCUGGAGAGACAAAACCAGCGGGAUCUGCUCAUCCCGGCAGAGAGCAUCGCGGCAGCCUGGCGGUCCCAUGCCCUGAAGAAGGGCAGUGGGGUGCCCUCGCACCUCUGCCAGCCCCGGCGCGGCACGCGGCCCCGCGACCACCACCGUCACCUGGACCCACACGCCAAGUAGGGGCUUGGGCAGCAGCAGUGCCCCCCAGGACAGCGGGGCAGGGUGCGGGGCUGGGCACUGCCAGAGGUGCCACCGUGGCCAAGAGCGUCCAUAAAGCUCUUUGUCUCAUGCCACAGCUCCAGGGUCAGGGCAGGAUUCCUGGUUCACCCCAAGAAGUGGUGCAGGGAAUGGGGGCUUGGACCUGCGCUAUGCGGUGGGUGUGAGGACCCCCAUACACCCCAGUGACGCAGGGGUAGG